AAUUCAGAAAAAGACUUGGAAGGAGAGGCUGAGAAGUGUUUACAAGAUCUUGUCGACAGAUGUCUAGUUCUCGUCAGCAAGAGAAGUCGAGAUCAUGUAAGGUUCAUGAUCUAAUAUACAACCUGUGCUCGAGAGAAAUUCAAAGGGGAAAUGUUUUUACCAUGAACGACGUUGUUUUUGAAAAACCAGAUGAUUGUGAGCCAGCUCAUGUUUCUUCAGGAUGCCAUUCUCUUAGUAGAAUGUAUUUGAUUGUGUUUGAACAUUUACAUGCAAGAAAAGCUAAAUCUCUCAGUAUGCAUAAAAUGAAUCCCUUUAAAUGCUGGACUCCUGUGGAAAUGUUUAAUUUUGGCGGUGGUUUUUAUAGGGCUCUUCUUACCCCUGUACAUCGUCAGUUGAGAGAUCAGGACAACAAUGAUCUUUUGAAACAAACCCGUUCUAUUUUCUUUUAUGAUCGUGGCAUUUCAACUCUUAUUCUCAAAUCAGAGCUUAUUCUCAAAUCAGAGCUUACUCAUUUCAAAUUACUCAAAGUCUUGGAUGUUAGUCACGUGAGGAUUGAUAGUUUCCCUCUACAGAUACUAAGCAUCAUCUGGCUGAGGUACCUAUCAUUGCAACUCCUUAAGAAUUUAGACAUACCUUCAGAAAUUUGUAGGUUAUGGAAUCUGCAGACAUUCAUUGUUAAAGGGCCUACUGGAUUAGUUAUAACUCUUCCUGAGGAAAUUUGGGGACUAAUGCAAUUAAGGCAUCUCAAAGUGAUCUCAUCUUAUCGGCAAAAUCCCCUAACCGUAUCUAUUGACAAAGGGAGUCACGUGGGUUCUUCAAACAUACAAACUACUUCUUACUUAUCUUCCUGUUGUUGCACGAAGUUGGUUUUUUCAAGGAUUCAGAAUGGUAAAAAAUUAGGAUUCCGUGGAAACAAUCUUUCGGACUCUGGGCUUCACAACAAUCUUGUCUAUCUGCAGCAACUUGAAAUAUUGAGUUUUAUAAGAUGUUCUUGCAUCCUUUUGCCAGUGACCAGUGCAAAAGCUUUUCCAGCAACGCUCAAGAAGUUGAAUUUGGAAAGUACUUAUCUAGAUUGGUCGUACAUGAACAUCAUAGCUGAGUUGCCUAACCUUGAGGUGCUGAAGCUGAUGGAUGAUGCUUGUGAUGGCGAAGAAUGGCAUCCAAAUGUUAAGGGAUUUACUCGAUUGAAGCUUUUGCUAAUUGAAGAUAAUCGCCUCAAGUAUUGGAAAGCCACAAAAGACAAAUUUCCUGUCCUUGAGCGUCUUGUGCUCAGAGGUUGCUAUCAUUUGAAAGAGAUACCCAUCGAGUUUGCAGAUAUCCACACACUACAACUGAUUGAGUUAACAAGGUGUCUUCCCGAACUUGGGGAAUCUGCAGCACGAAUUAAAAAAGAACAAAAAGACCUCGGAAACGACCACUUGGAUGUUUGUAUCUCCAAUCCAUG